AUGGCGACGGUGCGCAGGCCAGGGGUGCCAGCGACGGCGGUGGCUGCGAGCCCGACGCCGAUUGCAGACAGGAUUCUGAAGGGACGGUACUCCGAGCAGUCGCUAGAGACGAGCAGGAAGACGCGAACGGUGAGCCCGAAGACGAGCCAGCGGCUGGAGCCCAAAAAGGAGAGUGGGUGGUCAGCGAGCUCAGGCACUCACGGUGCGACUCCUCCGAUCAUCAACAUCUCCGUGCAAAGCAACCUGCUUCCUUCCAACACCUCUCUCGCCACAUCCCUCCCCGCCCCAGAACCAGACGCUGCCCUCGCCGACGAGCUUGACUAUAUCACCGUCACUGCUCCCCAGAGUUCCAGCCCCAACGCUCUUUCCACCCUCCGCCCAGACAAGGCCUCCAGAAUUCUCGGUAUCAAGCACCGCAAGAGUAUGGAGCCCAUACCCGCCUCUGCUCGCAAUUCUAUUGUGUCCACUCGUUCACUUCGCGAUCCCCCCAUGGUCUCACAUGUCCCUACUCUACCCCUCACCUCACUCUAUGUCGUAUCCGGUCUACCAAAGUCUCCCCAUACAUGGACGCUCGCUGACCCAGACUCAAUCCUUGGCCUGCACCACAGCGACAGUGCCGUCAACCGCUGGUGGAGACCAGAAGUGCUUGGGAGCACCGUCAGUCCUGGAGCUGGAGGCGGGAAGAAGAAGAAGCGAGGUAAAAAUGAGGAAGUUAUGAAGGGUGCAGGUGCUCUCAGUAAACAGGAGGUUGGCAAAAUGCUUUCUAAAGCUCUCAAACUCUCGUUUACUCGUGAAGUCGAGGUUAUUGCUUCAACAUUGCAACCGGCCUCUACCAUUCACACUUUCACUUUCACUCUGCCUGCUCCUAAUACCCCACUUGCACCCACGCCGUCAGGAGACCUACUUCGUGCUUCCGUUCUUUCUAAUGCAGAUAAUCGUUCUUCUGCUGCUACUUUUUCUUACCCCUAUACCGACGACCCCUUCGCCCGCCCAUCCUCUGCCUACUUGGGCCCCCCAAGCCUUCUCGGGCAUGGCGCCCACACCAACCCUGCAGGAGUAUCUGGUCCCAAUGCUAGCGACGUACCCCAAUCAGCAACCAAUACCGUUACGUACCAUGGAGUAUGCCUGACUGUGUGGUCCCAUGCCGACGCUGAGCGCAGCAGCGCUAUCAGACGCACUUUGGAAGCCGGGAGAUCUCGUAAAGAGUCAGCCCAGUCGGCGGUUACUGCCAGGUUGAAGAACCUCCGAGCGGACGCGUCUGGAUCUGUGAGUGACACCCAGGACCCCACCGCACAAGCGCGACGCAAUGCUAAGAGGAGUUCCCGUGGUCCUUGGGGCGACGCUGAGACCGACGGCGAAACCGAGGCCGACGGUGCCAUGAGUGAAAGCGACUUUGAAGUCGCAAGCACUGUUGGCCACGGGCCCGGAGAGAGCACUCUAUUCCUACCUGGCGACACCGUCUUUUGGCUCCCGUAUGCCCUGACUCUUGUCUCGCGUCAUCCCGUGUACGACUUGAUGAGGGACUACCUUACGCUUUCUUGGGCGCGGUUCUCUAAAGAUGUCCAGUCUCACACCCUGCAGAUUUCUAAGAUUCUUGCACACCCGGCGCCUCGUGCUGGAGACCUCAUCAAACUAGAUGCCAGCCCAAAGAACGAUGGCAGCGAUUCCAACCUCGAAGUUAUUGCUCGCUUCCCAGGCGGUCUCGAUUUUGGCCGUGGUCUUGUUGAUAUUAACUUCACGAUGUGGCCACUCUUCAAGUGCUUGAACAUCGACAAUAUACUGACUAUCUGCGAGGUUGCCCUCGCACCAACAGGGAGAGUUCUCUUCUUCUCUCGGUAUCCUGCGAUGCUUGGGAUUGCUGUCUCAACCGUCAAAUAUCUUGUAGAAUUGCGAGGCUGGAACGGUAUUGCCCUUCCUGCCGUCCAUUCUAGGGAUGCUAAGAUUUAUAUCGACGACCCUGGCCCGUGGAUCAUGGGGCUUGCCACUGAGGCUAGAUAUAGUGUCAGGCCCUCACCCGAGGUUUGCAUUUGUGAUCUGGAUAUAAAUUACUUGAGUUGCCCAUCGCCACCCCCCAAUGUCAUUUCCUCAAAACAGCAGCGUGACAAGUACAGGCAGAGGCUCCUGGCCGCCUUUGAGUCUUACUAUCACCCUGAUCACUCUGUUCCAGCUGAAUUCAAAGAAGCCUUCCCCGCUGGAAGGUUCCGACCCGUUUGCAAAAUACAAGCCAAACGCGGAGCUUCUUCGGCUGCUGUUGCCGACCAGAUCAAACCUCCGGAAUGGUGGCACUCAACCCGCAUUAUUCAGGCAUUCGACAGUGUUCUUGCCGAUAAGUUCAAGAAGCCUUCUCUCCUCAAGAGAAUUAGCCUGUUCGGCACUCCAAAGCGUCCUCCUCAGCUGACGGCAGCUGAGCAAUUGAUCCAACUUUCUAUUCGCAAACGGGCCACAGCAUUUGUGGAUGCGCGGGACGACCUUGAGACCAAGAUUGGCCGUCUAUCUCGCCGCCUCAAUUUCCUCAUGACUGAGUCUGACCUGUGGCGCGAUAAAUUCGUCACUUUUGAGCAAUAUGCCGAGAAAUUGAGCGCGGAGGCUAACCAGUUGAGGACCAAAAUCAACAAGGAACAACGAGAGACCAAGCGGCUUUCUGGUCUUGUUACUCUCACCGCUGUCGAGAAAACCAAACUCCAGACUCAACUGCGAGACACGGAAUUUGCACACAAGGAGGCAAUGCUCGAGUUGGAGAGGAUGAGGGAAACGAUGGAGAGGAUGGAGCAGGAGCGCGCUGAAAUGGUUGCUGAAGUUGAAGCGCAGAUCGAAAGAGCCUUGGCUUCGAUGACGGUUGGAAUUGACGACUCCGACUAUGGCAGCUCUCGACCGCAAAGCCGUCUAUCCAAUGCCUCAGGAUCUCUAUCCAGGAGGCCAAGCGACGCAGCCAAGUCUCGGCACUUACGCUCCUUUGGGACUGAAUCCACUCUCGCUGAAUCCUACGGCGAAGAUAUCGAAACCAUAGAAGAGGACGACUCGGAGAAGCCAGUGCGAGAGACCGGAACCAUCGUCGAGGAUGACGAAGAGGAACAGCAAACGGCUACAAAGAAGAAGCGAUUCUCAGCUUCAGAGAUGGAUGCCCCCCAAGACGGCAUGAAUGCGGUAGAUGAGGGUAUCAGUCAGAAGAGUGACAAGAUCGCCCAAAAGGUUCUUGAAAUUCAGCAAAAGCUCGAAUCGGCUCUUGCUUCAGACCGACGGUCGGCCAAGUGGAGAACCCAUGCCUCUCAAGAAAGCGGUUCGGAAGACUUGUCUGAGGUCGGAUCGACCCGAUCGAGACCUUCUCGCGGCAGGCGCAUACCUUCUGCGAAAGCCUCCUCGAAGCCAAGGACUAGGAGCGGCACAACAUCUUCUACUCAGAACAACAUGACAAAUAUACCCAUUCAGUCGGAAUUGCCCUCUCCCAAACUCAAGGGUGCUGCUGGUGCAGUGGAACCUGAGAGCAAAACUCCAACCCGUGACUCUUUUCUCGACGUUGAUCGAGACGACCAAAGUACGCCUGAGCGAGCGGUCACAGCUGCUUCGGCUUCCGGUGCGGUCACGGCCGUUCAAUCGGAAAAGUCUGCUUCACAGUCUUCCACGUCCGCUGUACCUCCCGGGCUAACUGAUGACUCUGACACCGACUUCCAAAGCGCAUAUUCUGCCAGCCCACGAGCUAGCUAUGGGAGCUUUGAAAGUGGUCAAGGCAAAGCAGGAGAUGAUGCUGUUGCAUUACCUGGCAAGGAGAGUGUUGAAGAUCGUCUGUCGGCUCUGCCCAAGACUCGGCGAGAACGAGUGUCCAGCACUGCAACCGAGAAAGCUGAGCCUCCUGCCAACCCGAUCAAUUCUGCCCCUCUCAAAGCUCGAGGCAUUGCCCACCGCGGCUGA